AUGCAGUUUGACAAACUUACCAAAACAAAAACUGUGGAAAAUAUGCUUGGAGCUGUGAGUACCACUAUUUAAUCAGCUAAAUCCUGUGUUUACCUGCCAUUUGUGGUUUUUUGGCUGAUCUUACUCAACCAUGACAAGAAAGUACUGUAAGAAAACAUUUUGCCCAAAUUUCUUAGUUCAUUCAAAAUUUUAAGGAGAUGCAUCAUGCCCUGACUUGGCUGUUCUGUACCGACCCCCUUUACCUAGUUAAGAACAGCACUCUAAUUCAUUUAACUACGUGGAAGGUUCAAUUCAAGUAUCCCUAAGAAAGGAGGAAGAAUGUUUACUGCUGUGUAAUUGAUCAUUUGGAAUUUAGCAAAGUGUGGAACGCAUUUGCAAAAGAAAUUGUUUUUCCUCAAAAUUACAAAAAUUGAUUGUGCCUUCCCAGUCAAACCUUAAUACAGUUAUCAUACAUCAUAAAUUAGGACGUCACUCUUCAGAAAUAAUUUAUAUAUAUUUACUAUUACUGGGGCAAAGAAAAUGGUUUGUUAUAUAGAGGUUUGUUACAUUGAGGUUCCACUGUACAGGGAACAUGAAGUAAAAAACAGAAACAGGAAAUGGAGUCACGAAACAAAAAACAGCAAACAGAUGUCAAGAACUGAAAACAGCAACUGUAAUCAGGGCUCGGAAAAAAAAAAAUAGAAUUCCAGCUUGUCCUUUGGGCAAGAAGCUCUCACAUUUUACUGGACUGAAGCCACUACUUGCUCAUUUUAGUUAAUGACUUUAGUUAGAAGAUGUCUUGCCAUGACCUUUUCCCAAUCAGCAAGUAAGCUUUUAAAGUUAUUUGACUGUCCAGCAGCAAAAUCUACAUGUCCUAGACUACCAGACGGGACUUUUUCAAGCCCUAAUAAGAAGAUAUCAGAAAAGAGGACAGUAGUGGAAAGAAAAAAAUAAUUGUUUUCUCUUCUUUCUUUAGCUACAAGGAUCAGGAGCUGAUGCAUUUGUUUCAUGGCUCUUUGAGGUUUUUGAACAGGGAGCUUUGGGCAAUUCUGGAGAAUCAGAGUAAGAAAAUGGCAAAUUCAAUUUCUUUUAAUUGCAGAUAGCUGGCCAGUUUUUUAUUAUAGAUUUGUAUUAUUUGUUAUCUACUUCUAUAUCUCGUUCCUCGUCUAAUCUCACAUUGUGUUGCUUUCUGUUUAACAACACCUAUAAUUUUAUGUAGGGUAAGGAUGUGGAAAUUUUAGUAUUCAAUAUAUUAAAUCAAGUAGCUGGUUAUCUGGGGCAUGGUCAACUCAUAGCCCUACUAAGUUGAAUUUUUUUUUUGUUUUGUUCCCUUGGACUGUGAAGUAGUGGUUUUCGUGUCAUUUGUUGUAGUUCACUUAACUUAAGGUAUUCUGUUACAUUAUUGUGGUUUUAAAUUGAGAAUAACCCUGGUUGUGGUAAGGUGCCAUAUGAAGGCACGGUGACAGAAAAGAUAACAUUAUUUUUAAUCGAUGAUACUGCUGUACAUUCCUCUUCUGAGAAAGGUAUUGAAUGUAAAACGGCGACAUCAGAUUGCCAAUUAAUCAUUAUGUACGUGCUCUAGGUCCAGACCAGAAAAGAAUGAAGAAUUGACAAGAAUUGCAGUGUUGAACCAGGUAUGUUUAUGAAAUGACAAUGUAGUUUAACUGACUCAAACACAUCGUCCGUGACAUGAAAACGUCUUAAUUCAUGGCAAUUUGAAAAGGUGUUCAUAUAAAGAAGGAGUAUCUUGUAUAUUGUAGCCAUAACCUGACAAAGCAUUUGACUCCUUUUGUAACUCUUUUUUGGUACUUUUUGUAUCAUAUCCUAUAGCUUUUCCAGUUGGUAAAGAAAAAGAACCUUUCACACAAGGGCAACUGGGUGCAAGAAGUGUUGUUUUUCUUUAUUGAACAUGCAUAUUUCCAGCCAAUUGAA